AUGAUUCCCUCCUACGGUCGUCUCGCUACGGCCAUCUGUGCUCUCGCCAGCACUGCAGCCGCUGUCAUCCCGCUUGAAGUGAAGGGCAAAGACUUUGUCAACUCCCAGACCAAUGAGCGCUUCCAAAUUAUCGGCGUUGACUAUCAGCCUGGUGGAUCAUCCGGUUUCAACCCCGGCGCUAACGAGGACCCUCUGACCGACCCCAAGGCGUGUCUGCGUGAUGCGGCCCUCAUGCAGGCGCUGGGCAUCAACACCAUCCGUGUCUACAACCUGGCAGCCAAUGGCAGCCACGAUGAGUGCGUGUCUACCUUCAACGCCGCCGGUAUCUACAUGAUUCUUGAUGUCAACACCCCUCAGGAGGCCCUGGACAACACUGCGCCCUGGACCACCUACACCAACGAGUACUACCGUCAGGUGUUCGGUAUCGUGAAUGCCUUCAUGAACUUUGACAACGUGAUUGGUUUCUUCGCCGGAAACGAGGUCAUCAACCAGGACGCUACUUACUCUGCCCCGCUGUACGUUCGUGCCGUCAUUCGUGACAUGAAGCAGUACAUUGCCGCCCAGUCCAAGCGCGACAUUCCAGUCGGAUACUCCGCUGCGGAUGUGCGUAAUAUUCUGGUGGACACUGCCCACUACUUCGAGUGUGCGCUUGACAACUCGACCGACUCCAAUGCUGACAUGUUCGGCCUGAACUCGUACUCCUGGUGCGGUGACGCCAACAUGAAGACCAGCACCUACGACCAGCUGGUGACGGACUUCAAGUCGGCCACUAUCCCUGUCUUCUUCUCCGAGUAUGGCUGCAACAAGGUUCUGCCCCGUACUUUCACCGAGGUGCAGGCUAUCUACGGCGAGGACAUGACCCAGGACUUCUCAGGCGGUCUGGUAUACCAGUGGACCGAGGAUGCCAACAACUACGGCCUGGUCAACAUCAAGUCUGCCGACUCUGUCGAGACGCUCGUUGACUAUUACAACCUGCAGAAGCAGUUCGACCAGCUUGACAUCGCCCGUCUUACCUCCACCAACGUGACUCAGGACAGCAUCCAGCCCGAGAAGUGCGACCCCAGCAUCAUCAAGGGCAACUUCUACAACUCGUGGGACCUGCCCACUCCUCCCUCCGAGGUUCCGGGCUGGAUCAAGAACGGUCUCCCCGAUGCUGCCCAGCACCAGGGCAAGAUCGACAACUCUAACCUGAAGAACCAGACCAUCCCCCAGACCGUGACCAAGUACAACGGCCAGAAGGUCUCUGUCCAGUACACCAUGCUAGCCGAUGAUGCGACCAACAACCCCUCUGGUCCCAAGACGACCACCACGUCGUCCGGCGCGUCCUCCACGACCACCAACGCCGCCCCCAAGGACGGCCCCUCGAUGGUCAUCGGUGGCAUUGGUGGUCUCUUCAUGCUGGCCGCUUCGCUCUUCUAA